AUGCCUCAGCCAUUGAGCUCGAAAGAUAGCUCAUUGUUCCGUCAAGUAGUUCGGAAUUGCGAGAAUAAACAGUAUAAAAAAGGGCUCAAGGCCGCGGAGCAGAUCCUUAAGAAGAACCCAAACCAUGGAGACACACAAGCGAUGAAAGGGCUCAUGUUGAGCUACCAGGGACAACAGGAAGAAGCAUUUGCGCUGGCUAAGAUGGCUCUCAAGAACGAUAUGAAGUCGCAUAUCUGCUGGCACGUCUACGGCCUGCUCUACCGCGCAGAGAAGAACUACGAUGAAGCUAUCAAGGCCUAUAGAUUUGCUCUCAAGCUCGAGCCGGAGUCACAGCCUAUACAGCGAGAUCUGGCCUAUCUACAAGCUCAGAUACGGGAUUUCCAGGGAUACAUUCAAAGCAGAUCAACAAUGCUUCAGCAGCGGCCCGCGCUCCGUCAGAACUGGACUGCGCUUGCGAUUGCCUAUCACCUCGCGGGCAACCUCUCGGAAGCAGAGAAUGUGCUUACGACUUACGAAGAAACGCUAAAGACGCCCGCGCCGCGAACUGACAUGGAGCACUCUGAGGCGGUUUUAUAUAAGAAUAUGAUUAUUGCGGAAUCAGGUGACCUGGAGAAGGCCCUUGAACACCUUGAAGCCGUCGGCAAACAGUGUUUCGAUAUCCUUGCCAUCAUGGAAAUGCGCGCGGACUACCUCCAACGGCUUGGCCGAACAUCCGAAGCUGUUGCCGCUUAUGAGGCUUUGUUGGAGAGAAAUCCAGAAAACUCGCAGUACUAUGACCAUCUAAUUGAGGCCAAGGGAAUACCUAAGGGUGACCAUAAAGCCCUGAAGGCUGUUUAUGAUUAUUGGGUUGAACAGAAUCCUCGCGGAGACGCACCUCAGCGCAUUCCUUUAGACUUCCUAGAAGGAGAUGAUUUUAAAGAAGCUGCAGAUGCGUACCUUCAGCGAAUGUUGCGCAAGGGUAUACCGUCUACAUUCGCCAAUAUUAAGACACUCUACACUAACCCUGAAAAACUAGCUGUUAUUCAGGAGCUUGUGGAAGGUUAUGCAGCCGGGGAUCUAAAGGACCAACCCAAUGGGUCUGCCGACAAACAGGCAAACGGAGAUGAGUCGCGGUUUGAGGGCUCCGUUCUCUACUUCCUUGCCCAGCACUACAACUACCACCUAAGCCGUGAUCUUGAAAAGGCGAUGUCCUACGUGGAUAAAGCCAUCGAACUCUCACCCAAAUCGGUAGAAUGUUGGAUGACCAAGGCACGGAUAUGGAAGCACUACGGAAACCUUGCCAAAGCUGCAGAAACCAUGGAAGCUGCUCGGCUACUGGACGAUAAGGAUAGGUACAUCAAUUCAAAGGCCGUCAAGUACCAGCUCCGACACGACGAAAACGACAAAGGCCUUGAUAACAUGAGUAAAUUUACUCGAAAUGAAACUGUUGGAGGCGCGCUUGGGGACCUGCACGAAAUGCAAUGCGUUUGGUUCUUGACUGAAGAUGGCGAAUCAUACCUGCGUCAACGGAAGCUCGGCCUGGCCCUAAAACGGUUCCAUGCAAUCAGCAAUAUCUUCGAUAUAUGGCAGGAAGACCAGUUUGAUUUCCACAACUUCUCUCUACGCAAAGGCAUGAUCAGGGCUUACAUCGAUAUGAUUCGAUGGGAAAAUUGCCUACGGGAACACCCGUACUAUAGCAGAGCUGCCAUCGGGGGAAUAAAAUCUUAUAUCCUACUACACGAUGAGCCAGAUCUUGCUCACGGGCCCAUUCCCAGCGGUAUGAACGGGGCCGAUGGAGGUGUGGAUAGUGCUGAGCGUAAGAAGGCUCUCAAGAAGGCCAAGAAGGAACAGCAGCGACUGAAAGAGGCAGAGGCCGAAAAGCAGAGACUCAAGAAGGCUUCUGGAACAGGCACUGGUGGUGACUCCAAGAAGGAGGACACCGACCCUCUUGGCUUGAAUCUGGUUCAUACCUCUGAUCCACUGAAGGAAGCCAUGAAGUUCUUGAACCCCUUGCUGGAGGCUUGCCCGGGUAACAUUGAUGCGCAGAUGGCCGGCUUUGAGGUGUACAUCCGAAGAAAAAAAUACCUCCUGGCAAUCAAAUGCCUGCUCGCAGCUCAUGCCAUCGACCCAUCCAACCCAACCCUACACAUCCAACUCGUCAAAUUCCGCCAACAGUUUGACGCAGGCGCCGCCGCAGCCCUCACGCCACCAGACAUCAUCGACCUUAUCAACGCAGAAUUUGAUAUCCUGCUACCCAAAUCCACCGAUCUCACGAAAUGGAACGAAGAGUUCCUAUCUUCCCAUGCAAAGAGCGCCGCCCACGUCCAGGCAGCACUAACAGUCCGCCAAAUGCUCAGCCCGGAGUCAAAGGGCCAAUCUGAAAAGGACCUUAUUUCAUCCAUCGACCUAGACACCACAACGCUCGAGGACGCUUUGGCUGGUCUCAGCUUACUUGAUGACUGGGGCAGUGCAGCAGAGACGAAGGCUUCGUAUUCAUCCAACGCUCGCCGCAGAUGGACAAAGGCUUCUGUAUUUCCGCAGUGA